AUGUCGUCGAGGAGAACUGGAAAUGGUGGAACCCCUGGACGGAAUCGCAGCGGACAGUAUAAUGGAGGAUCGCACGGUAACAGCCCGAGUCAUGCUUCCAAUGCAGCGCUAGCGCAAGACAUGCCGUCUUCAUUCUCGAUCCGAAGACGCAACCCUGAAGAAUUACGAGCAUUAUUGCGACGAGUGUUUCAAGACGACGAUGAUACCACUUUUUCGCGUCGCUUGACGAGUGCGAAACAACUGCUGGCUCUGUUGGACGAAUACCGCGAUUUGGAAGGCGCCGAUCUUUUGCCUUUUCGGCGCGAAUGCACGCAUCUCAUAGGCGAAUGCCUAUACGGACCUGGUUUAAGACUGAUCUUUGAAGUGGCCAAGGCGCCACUGGCACUGAAGCAGGCGUGUGCAAAGAUUGUCGCUGUGAUUGGUGGCAACAAUAAUCGUAUUGACGUACCAUUAGCUUGGUUAUUGGAAAACACCAAUCAGUGCACGCUUGAUAAGACCAUCAGCGCCACAGCCCGAGCAAAAGAACGAGAACGAACAAUGUGGUACCUGCGCACGUUCAAUAUGCUUUUGACAGAAAUCGGGACCAGAAGCAUCAGCUGUCAGGCACUUCAAAUCACGGCGCCAGCUUUACUUGCCAAUAUCAGUUCGGUAUUGGAUGCGAUGGAUACAUCGGAUUACUUUCCAGAAAUCCUGCGUGCUCUCAACACCAUUGCGUCGCUUUGCCACAAUGCCUUUGCUGCCAAAUUUCAGGAUAUCAUUGAUUUAUUGAUUGGAUGGUACAUUGACGUCAAUGCUGAUUUGGACGACGAGAAACGAGCCGCUAUCCUUGACUCCUUUCAACGGUAUCAAUCAUUCUGGGACAAUCACUUGCCGUUCGCAUCUGAAUUGAUGCAGCACUUUUUGAGCGACAUUGAGGGCUUUUUACAUCAGAUUCAGACCACAGCACCGGCUGAAUCGACCACGGUUCAGUCCAAAUGGGGAAUCUGUUUGAACCUUUUACGAUGUUUCCACGAAAUCCUCGAGACCGUUAUUCCGCUCAUUGAUGCACGUUCAAAGAAAGACGCAAACGAUGUAGCAGGGCGUAUGCUGGAUGCCUUGCGGCCGAAAACCAUCGAAUUUCUCAUCAAAGCCAUGAAUGCUUCCCCAGAUACCCACUGGCUUCACAUCUCCGAUCAAAUCGUUUUACAGAUGGUAUCUAUUCGGCCGGAAUCGUUUCAGGGCUAUCAAUCUCGCGUAUUUCACUACUUGUCGUUGAACACGGUUUCUGGUCCAACACAUUCUGUGCAAAUGCUGAUGCGGACGAUUCAUGCUUGUUCGCCCAAUAUUGAUGCUGAGAAAAUCAUGUACCUUCUCGAUGUGGACAGUUCGCCUUUGUUUCGAUGGCGCACUGAGCAUCCGACCGACAAGUCAUUGAACGCCGAUAUCCUCGUUCUAUUCCGUGUACUCAUUCGUCUUGCCGGCAGCAAUCAUAUUACGGCACCUGUUAGCGAAAAACUCGUUGAAAAACUCCACAGUACGCUUGCCGAAGUGUUUUCUAGCUAUUCAACCAUUGAUCUCAUGUCUCCAUUUCGGCAACUGUCAAACCUGGUGACGCAAACUGAUACCCAUUUACCGCAGUACAAAAAUACUCAUCGACCAUCGGCCUCUACUGCGUCUUCAAACGUACUGAAUGCCCUUUUCUACGGUUAUAUUCUGCUGGAUAUGGCUACCAUUUGGUCUGUUGGCAGAGAACAGCAUAUUGGGGCCAUUCUACGAAUGUUAUGUCAAACAUGGCAAUAUCGAUGUUUCGACAUGUUUGAUACUUGUUUACAAAUGCUGAUUGACUUUUGGACAAAAAGCUCCCGGAUGGCAGCAGAGGAAUUAUCAUUGCAAGUUGCUCUUAUAGCAGAUUGUGCCGAUCACUGGGAUGCAUUGACACUUCGUUCUCGGCAAGCCAUCUGUGAUUUUGUCGAACAAAUGCUGCAACAGCCCACCGUGCAAUUGAAUGAGUCCGACAUGCGAGAUAUCAUUAUUCGGAUCAUCCAUGCAACAGAUCACGAACGGAAUAACCAUGUCAAAGGACGAUUACUCCACUUAAUCUCGCAGUAUUGCCAAGAAUACCGAUCGACGGAUAUUCUGUUGCCUGCUAUUUCCUUGGUACAACGAGGGGUGGAUGAUACAUGCGGCGAAAUCCAGAAAAUUAGCAAACAAUUGCUUGAUCAGCUCAACAUAUUCCUGCUUGCUGAUAUCGCUAAACAAGGCAAUGCGGCUUUUUCCAAUAUUAAGAAAAUAUGCAUGGCUACCCCACAUACAGGAUCGUUUCGUCCUGCACACUAUGAGAUUGUCAUGCGCAAUCUGGGAAUGACCAAGCUUUUACUCAAUGUCAGUGGCAAUCACCCUGAUCCAAAUACUACUCAAGAUGCAGACUGGGCGAAACGACUCUUCCAUAACUGUAGCUCACUGAAAAAUAUGCAGAGCACUAGCAUCUAUGAAGAUGUAAAAGAAGGUAGCGGAAAUACGGAGAUGGUCAACCUUAUCAAUCAUUCGCAGUCUCUGCUGUAUUAUUGGGCGAUAUGGGAAUCUGCGCGUUAUUGCAUCCUAGCUCGCUUAAGGACACCCUUUGGAGGGCCUCAACAGACAUUUGCAGCUUUUGAACGGCAACUGGACGCAUUAGUUACAGCAGACGAUCAAUGCAACAGGCAAGUUGCCAUCAGUGUUUUAAGUUGUGCAGGGACUCAUAUGAUGGCCUCUAGACAACAUUUGCAACAUUUGCUGGUGCUGUUGGAUCGACUGGAAACACAAAUCUACAAUGCAUCGGAAGGUUGCACCACUGGUGCUUUACCGGCCGUGCCAAGACCAAGUUUAUUAUUCUUCAGAGGCAACCGUAAAACAUGUCAAGAUUAUUUUUCAAGGAUACGUCCAAAUAUGAUCCGCGCCGCCAAACUCAUUGGAGAUAAUGACUUGUUCGUUCGCCACGCUCUCCAGACUCUAAAAGAGCGAGAAGCAUCGCUUACGGAACAGGUGCCAGAAAAUGAAACCAAAUGGUUUAUGGAUACCAAUAUACUGCUACGAGAAUUAGUGCAUACCUGCAUCCGCCAAAAGCAAGCAGACAUUAUUCAGGGUUUCCACUCCUGGUACAAACGCUUAAUUCGAAAGAUGGCACACAUCAAGCCAUCGUUCUUGGAGCAUUAUACGUUUCGAUUUUUGAUCGGACCUCUUCCAAAAGCUUCUUAUGAAUCCCAAAGUCAGUCCGUGUCCUGGUUCCAUAUCGCUGCCAUGUUUGCCUCAGGUCAUGAUGAAGCGGCCAUCAAAAGCCUCCAACGGAUGGAUUUGCAUGUCGACAAUGAUCCCUUUGGUAUCAUCAAGAUGCUGAAUGCUGAAACACUUCGCUUUUAUGCUUCUCUGGAGGAUUACGAGCAGAUUGAGAAGCUGUGCGGUGAUAAUACAUCGAUGUUCAGUGACGCCGUUUUUAAGAGUUUGAUGGAAUUUAGCCAUCAGCAGGAGCAGUUGCAAACGAAUCACAGUGAUUUCACUCUGGGCGAUCUGCAAUCGUACAUCGACAAUACUUCGAUAGAGUCGUCGCUCGAUAUUGCUAGCCUUGAACGGUACCGGCACUGGUUGGGGAUGACGAACAGUUCAACGACAACCAACGAAGAUAUCAAUGAUUUUUUGGCGCAACGGCUAUGGCUCACGCUCAGUCAAGAUGUCCUGUCGGACCGAUGCAAAAUACUGGAAUACCAGCUGCAGCAGACCACCACCGAAAAGCUUCUGUUCCAAGCCCAAGAUUGGGUUCAUUUCAGCCAUCAUGCUCCAUCGAUCGCUUCUUUACCUGAAACAAAAAUCUGGAACCGUUUAACGAAUUGUUUCCGCAAUAACCUGAAUGAUAUGGAUCUAACGUAUGCGGCGCCCUACCUCAAAGAAAUCCAGCUGCAUGUAGCCAAAGUGGCACGGAAACAAGGCAAUAUUGCCACGGCCGAACGUUGGUUGGACAGUGUCGCUAAGACCGACAGCGAGGCAAUGGAUACGUUGUACGAGAGGUCCAAACUGCUGCUAGCCCAGUCACACUACAGCGCUGCUGUGGAUACUUUCCACACCAUUCUUCAGAGCACCGAGUCGAGCCCCGAAUACGCUGUGCUGCAAAGCAAAGUGUGCGUCAAGAUUGCGAAACUACUGGAUAAUGCCCCUGAAAAUGAUACGAUUUCUUUAACCGAACAUUUGAUGAACUUGUCGUCGACGGACACGCCAUCGGCAAACCAACUGUAUUCUCCUGUCGAACAAGCCAUCGAUUCCGCCUUUGAAAAAGCGGUCGAAAAAUCAUCCAGUUCUGCAGAUGUAUGGUUCGAAUAUGCUACGCAUCACUACAAAGAGGGAUGGAGAAUGCUCAACGAGUUGUCGCGUGAAGAAUCUCAACUUGCUGCCAUUCUCUGGGUUCGCAACCAUCUGCGUGCUGCACUGGAGAGUGAAGAGGCAAACGGACGGCUUCAUGGCAAAAUCACCGAUAUAGAAAAGGCUUUGCUAGAGUUUUUACAAGAUCAAUCGGCUGAUGUAGGAUCGCAGGGCUUUAAAGAAUCCUCUUCACUCAACCACGUUUUCACUCACAUUGCCCCUGAUAUGAGUAACGAAUGCAAAGAAACAGUGAUCGACACUCUAAACAAAUUGCAAGAGGCGAUCCUACAACGGUUCCGUAGCGCAGUGUUGGCCUAUUUCCAACACUUAUCACUGGAUAAAUAUCAGAACAAGGAAAAGGGAUUGUCUUCAACUUCUACGUCCAGCGUAAUGACGGCUACGUUGCGUUUACUGCGGCUGUUGGUGAAAUACGGAGAAGCAUUGCAAGAUUUGUUUCUGACACAUGUUGAAACGGUGAACAUUGAACCAUGGAAACAGAUUGUUCCUCAACUUUUCUCCCGAUUGCACCAUCCUGCCGAGUUUGUUCGGCAGAUUAUUGGAAGACUCAUCAGCCGUAUAUGCAAUGACGAUCCUCAACAUAUUGUGUACGAUGUUAUUGUUGGCUACACGUCGUCGAAAACAAGUCGUGAAGCCAAACUCGUGCUCGAUACCAUUGCCAGUCAGAUGAUGCAAAAAAACGCGGUUUUAUGGAAUUCUACGCGACGGAUGGCCGAAGAACUGGAGAAGAUUACCGUGCUCUGGGAAGAAAAGUGGAUUAACAAGAUUGCUUCUCUGCAACUCGACGUGAUGCAACAGUUUCAAAAGCUGGAGCAUGAAGUGAUUCGUCUAAAGCAAAUGGACUUGGAAAACGUUCAAUGCCAAAAGAUCUUCCGAGACAACUAUGAUAGCGUGAUGAAAUUCAUUGUUAAUUCGAUCGAAAAGCUGAUGACCGCUACCGUCAAUAGUGCCUCCCGCACGCAUCAUGAAGAAUGGUUUUGUGAAACAUACGGAAACGAAAUACAGCAAGCCUUUGAAUUACUGCAAAAACCGAAAUCCAUGGAAGAACAUCGUCUUGGCUGGGAACGUUUCCAAAAGCUGCAUCGCCAACUCAUUGCAGAAUCUCAUAAAGUGCGACUUUUGGAGCUCAAGGAUGUGUCACCGUAUCUGGCAGGUCUAAAGAACACGGUGAUCGGUUUGCCUGGCAUCCACGAUAGUCACGCGUCGUGCUUUAUCCAGACCUUUGGCACGAGUGUAGUGAUCAUUCCGACCAAGACGCGACCAAAGAAGCUAAAAGUGGUGGGCACGGAUGGCAAAAAGUACUCGUACCUGUUUAAAGGAUUGGAGGAUCUUCACCUGGAUGAACGUAUCAUGCAACUACUACGUACGAUCAAUGGAGUGCUUGUGGAAGAUCGAGCGACAGCUACGCGUGGCAUGAAAGCACGUACCUACGCUGUGAUCCCUCUGAGCGAUCAUUCAGGAAUGAUUCAAUGGGUGAACGAUGCGGUGCCUUUGUUUGCGCUCUACAAGCGAUGGCAAAAGCAGGAACACCUUGGUCAAAUGCUAUUGGCCAACGAGACCCCUGAUAAAGUGGCACCGCCCGCCCAACCACGUAUCCCGACUGAAAUAUUCAUGGACAAGGUCGCCAAGGCUCUCAAAGCCGAGGGACUGCGUGUCACCGCCAAUCGAAAACAUUGGCCCAAACAUGUGUUGAAGAAAGUGUUUAUGGAUUUAGUCAAGGAAAGCCCCGGCGAGCUGUUGGCGAGGGAGAUAUGGUGCAACAGUGUGGAUGCCACGGAAUGGCUUCAGAAAACGAAUUCUUUUAGCCGAUCGCUUGCUGUCAUGUCAAUGAUUGGUUAUAUUAUCGGCUUGGGCGAUCGACAUCUCGACAACAUCAUGGUCGAUUACAAAACCGGCGAGAUAAUUCACAUCGAUUACAAUGUGUGCUUUGAAAAAGGCAAACGGUUACGUGUUCCUGAACUGGUGCCUUAUCGUCUCACGCAAAAUUUAUUCAAUGCUCUUGGCAUCACUGGCGUGGAUGGUGUUUUCCGUACAGCAGCGGAAGAGACGAUGCGCGUGCUGCGUAAGCACAAAGAAGUGCUUCUGACACUUUUGGAUGCCUUUGUCUACGAUCCAUUGGUCGAUUGGGAAAACGAAGCCGAAGAAGUAGAAGAACGUCAAAUGACCGAGAUUCAAGCGAACCUUGCCCUCAUCGCCUCCCGUUUAACUGAGAAAAGAUCCCACUACGAGACAAUGGAGGCAAGAGUAUCCGACACACUCUCCGGAUUGGCGGACCUCAUUCAGUCGGCUAAAUCGAGUGCUGAUCAACUGUUAAUCGAGGAUGAUAGCGAUGAGGAUGAAAUGAACAUCAUUACCAAUGUCGAGGAUCGUCUCGAAGGUGCAAAGGAUCGUCUUCACGAUAUAUUAGCUCGGUGUCGGUCUUGGCACGCGAACCAUCGAAUCGCUAUCGACAUGAAACCGCAGCAAUUCAAUGACGUUAUAUCCCGAAAGGGGCUUGAGCGGGACGUAAUCCCAAAGACCAUCGAUGAUAGAGCCUGUGUGGACAUUUACAGGGAGUUUACCAGCAAAGUCAACCUGUGGAUUGACCAAAGAAAUGCUGUUUAUCACGAGUGUGAGGAAGAGAUCCGAACGUAUCGAGAGCUGAUAGAACCAUUGCAAGGCAAAGUGCUGCAACAAGACACGUGUCAAAUGUAUGGUGGCAUGCUGGCCAACUUGGUCGAACACCGAUUUGCGAAACCUUUAGCCGAGCAAGUAUUGUCACGAUUACACAGCAAAAGGACUUCGCCCGCUCUACAGACGCUGGAAAGUCGAACCUAUAGUUUUAGCAAUGCGUUAUUGCAGUACUUGGCUUACGUUAGGCCGCUAGUCCUCGGUUUCCAAUCUGCAAACAGCCGUGGAAACGGUGCUGAAGCAGCGCUGCGACAAACACAGAAGCGAUGGAGGAUGAUGUGUGACCAUGAGACUCGUACCUUGGCCAUGCUGGAUUCGAUGCCGACGGUGGAAACUCUGCUGCGUCGUCUAGCCAACGAAGAAAUUGACCAACCCCACGAUGAUGAUCAGGAAACUAAUGCUAUCUUGAAAGGGCAAUUGCUGGCCAAGGAAGGGAAAUGUCGUCUGAGCAUUUUCUCUUUACCGUACCAUGAAGACGUAGGCCUUUUGGCCCUCAGCUCCUACUGGCGGGUAUAUCUAUCGUCUUUACGCGAUAUUUGGGGAGGUCAUCGACUUGUGGAGUUCUUGGGAGAACGCGAAACUCGAGUUCUGGAUUGUCUGUCAAUAAUGACGCCUACCUUGCUUGAAUUGGACGAGGCAUGCUUUUCGAUUUGCGAGCAGCUUGAAUUCUUUUCAGCAGAGAGUUUGGAAGCGAUGAUUACCACACUUCGCAACUUGACGCCGGAGCAGAUGAGAGAUUAUAAGCAACAACCCCAUAUAUCUGGUCCCUUGGCGUUGAUAUUGGAUACCUUCCAUGCACUGGAUUAUGCAUGCAUGGCAGCCGAGAUGAUGGACGAUCCGAUUGUUCUGCAGUACAUGUUGUACAAACAAACACUGUUCCUGAAUAUACUGCAAGAGAUCCAGAAAUGUUUCCAGGCCAUUCCACCCCAUGCUUCGGUACCACCGUUGAUCAUUGCCUGGAGCAUGGCGUCCAAUCCUGUGAUUAGUCACAGUUUGUCUGCGAUGGCCAGCUUUUUCAUUUUGCAUAUCUACAUUCCUGCGUCCAAUCAGCUUUUAUCCGUCAUGCGAAACAGGUUAAGUCUUCAGUUAUCCGUGAACCAAGACGCACCCACUACUUCCUCGGUCGACAUUGUUAAAGAGAUGUGCAGCUUGAUGACGGAACAACUCAUUAUGGAAAAGGCAUAUCAAUACAUGGAAAAGUAUGACCGAUCCAUGAAACAAUACCAUGCGGACAUUGCCCGCUUUGAAUGGUACAAUGCGCCUUAUGUACAGACUCACACGCCACUUCUACGUAGCCAGCUUAUUGUCCAGCUCUCAGAUGCUGCUGAAAAACUGCGGCUGCUGGGAAUCGAAUUGGAAUCUUUGGACAAGACUUGUGAGCAGCUGGAUAGCGUGUCACCGAAAGAUUCUAAAUGGCCAAUGAUCCAAUCCCAGUGGAAGAGGGCUUAUGGACUCGAAAAGGAAAAGUGUACCACGAUCAUGGAGUUGUACAACAGCAUUCUUCAACUCGACAGUUGUCGGGAGAACUAUACCCAAGCCAUGCUAUUUGCAAAAGAAAUUGAAGAAAACUUGCAAAUCCUAAUUGAAGAAGAUGUCAACGAAACUCCUCAAGAUACCCAGAAAACGUUUGUGGUUCCCUCUACGGUGCUUCACACCGUCAAAGACAAGCUUGUCAAUGUGAUUAAACUGGUGGCGGAAGUGAAAUCGCCUGUGGAUGGCGUCGGUCCGUUAUUAGAAUCCAUUACGAUUGUGGAUACCAACGCAGAUAAUGAAAUGAAGCCAGCGCAAGAAAGUGCCAAGAUUGCGUUAGAUGCACUUAUCAAGCUUGAAAAACACAUCUCAUUCAUUAAGGAGGCGUCUGUGUGCGACUAUUCGCAGCUGAUCGAGACGAUGGACCAUAUUGGGGAAGCGUUAAAACAACUGUUCACAUCCUUGCAAACGCUUGAAGAAUUCGGUCCCGAGAACAAGGCUUCUUCUGCUGAUGAUAUUCGUAAAUCGAAACCUAUAAGCGUGUUGACUGCAGAGGAAAAGAGCAAACAUGCAUCGAUCGAUGAUACUGGUGAUAAUGAACAUACGUCCAUGUACGCCAGCGGUCAGUCGGAACCUCGAUCCCAGUAUCCGGAAAUGACGGAAAAACAAAGUAUUCCCGAUGCAGCACAUCAUCAAGCUACUGGCGUUGACGAGAAGGAAUUGGUCCAUACCCAUCCCCAUGAACGCACUGGCGCUCCGGUCCGUGUUAUGCAACGCAGCGAACACGUUUUGGGCAUUAUGCGUCGUAUCAAAGCGAAAUUGGAAGGAAGGGAUUUCAACGUGCCAUACAAGAUGACAGUUUCAGAGCAGGUCACAAGAAGUAUUGAACAAGCUACAUCCCCUGACAAUCUUUGCAUGAUGUACGAAGGCUGGACCAGCUGGCUUUAA